GGGCACGCCUCCUCGCGCCUCCCCGCGUGUUCCGUGAGGUCUGACGUCACGUGAACUGCCCGUGUCAGUUCCAGCUGAGGAGCUGAGAAGGGGACGCACGGACGUGGACGCCGCGCGGCCCGAACACAAAUCCCUGCUCGUGCGCCCGUGACUGCAUCCCCCGGAUGUUCGCGAAGGAAAAAGUACAGACAGAAAGAGGAAGCGCGCGCCCCGCCACUGACCCGCAGCACCGGACAGGAGCAGCAACGCAAGUUGUCAUCGGACCGACGCAGGCGCUUCUCUCACCGCUGAUUCUUGUUUCUCGUUAUUUGAUCUAAACACCGUUUCUCUCCGCUUGUUUUGCGUCACCAGACCUUUGGAUCUAUUCUUUUCCCAGCUGGACUUCCAAACUCGGAACACUUCCCCACACUCGCGAGUUGUGGCGUUUUCCUACAGUGCUGGCUCUUCGUUGUGAUUAUGGACAGUUUUCCAGCUCACGCGGUGUGAAUAUUCCUCAUCAAACAUUUAUCAGCGAUGGAAUACUUUGAUGAAAAUAUUCCUGCGAGGAAAUAAGGAGCAGGAGGACAAGUGAAAGCCACCCAGCGUCCUGUUGGUAGAUUCUCUGGUCAGAUUGCAUCGAUCUUUCACGUGCCCCAGGUGUCUUUCUGCAACCCCGCCUCCCUCUGGUCCAGGAUGUCCAGGCAGCUCACCCAGCUUCCGACCCCUGACCUCCCAGCUGGAGCGAGCCCACAGUUUGGAAGCUGCACUCAGCCUGCAGGCUCGCUCACAGGGGGGCACGUCAACUCCAUGGCUGGUCUGAAGUCCCUCCUGCAGCAGCCCAUGAAGGGAGACCAACGUCUGAAGAGCCCGUGUGACACAAAAGACAAGGACAGAUUGGACCUCGAUGAGGACUCUUUGGGAGUGUGUCCCUUGAGGAACGGCGGUGGAUUAGUCAGCAAUAAUAGUAGCAAUGGCUGUGGAGGAGGAGGAGGUGGCGGCGGUGGUAAUGGAGGAAGCUUCAACCAGUUCCUGGGCCCCCUCCUGUGGGAUCGCACCCUGCCCGCAGACGGAGGGCUCUUCCAGCUUCAGUACAUGGACUUGGAGGAGUUUCUGACCGAGAAUGGAAUGGGCAGCAUGCACAACAACAACAGCUCCAGUUCAGCCCAGAUCCCAUCCCAGAGCUCCCAGUCAGCCGUUCCCAACCAGAGCUCCCAGUGCCUACCGCCCUCCUCCCCACCCGGGUCUUCAUCCUCGUCGCCCUCGUCCUCCUCGUCCCCGUCCCUCAUCGGUCUGGAGGUGGCCCAGCCUCAGAGUCUGGCUGGAGGAACCGACUGCCUGCACAGGAGUCAGACGAGUAUGGACGACUCCUGCGAAUCGCCCUCUUCCUCCUCCUCGUCCUCUUGCCCACCAUUACUGACGCCCACGGGCAGCGGGCCAGACGGGGUUGGAAUGUUUGACAUGGACCCCUCGGACAUGGCCUUGUCCAGCAACUCCAACGAGCCGAACUUCGACCCCAGAAGGCACUCGUUCAGCGAAGAGGAGCUGAAGCCGCAGCCAAUGAUCAAAAAAGCCCGGAAGGUCCUGGUGCCUGAUAACCUGAAGGAUGAGAAGUACUGGACCAGGAGGUAUAAAAACAACGAGGCAGCCAAGCGUUCCCGGGACGCUCGUCGCCUCAAGGAGAACCAGAUAUCUGUGCGCGCCGCCUUCCUGGAGCGCGAGAACGCCGCCCUCCGACAGGAAGUGGCUGAGAUGCGGAAAGAACUGGGCCGUUGCCGCAGCAUCCUUAGCAAAUACGAGAACCGCCCCGCCGACCAGUGAUGGUGGCGCCAAGGAGAAUCUGACGGAGGGAAGGCGCAUAAGCUGGACUCUGAAUUUCUGGUGUUGGAUUGAUGGACAGAAUGAGGUCAAGAUGACCACAAAGGACGGAGGCGAUUUAAAUGAUGAAUGUAUAAGACGAGGAAACAGGUGUGAAGCUCAGGUGUCUUGUUUUGUUGAGAUGUCAGCUCUUAAAAGUGAUUAACAGAGAGAAUAAUUUAACAGAGAAUAAAACAGACGUGACUUUUAAGAGUUUUGUUAUCGGAGAAUUGUAUAUUUUUGUAAUACUUCAGAAAAAUUUAGAGGGAGAGCAAAUCCGCAGAAUAAUUUUGUAUAUUUUCUACCUGUUUAGGACACUGAGACGGGGAGCGUUGAGGUGAAAAUCGUUUUCUUUUAGAUGAUUCAGGCCAAGCCGUCAGCCAUUGGUGGAUAUCAUUAUUUGCGACGGUCGUGGUGCAGCAGCAGGGUCUAGGACGCAUGUAACAAUUGUAAUAUAGAGAGCAAACUUAUCGUAAAAUGCUGUAGUUGAACAUUUUGUGGAUUUUACUCGAGCACUUCUUUUUUUUGUCACUGGGCAUGCUGGAUGGAGACGGAACGACAGACACCGUGUAAACAGUUCGGCACUAUCCGCAUUUAUCCUGUGUUCUUUCUUUAAAAUAUACCAGUUUCAACCGUUGUAAUCUUCUCCUUUCUCAGCAUCAUUUGUUCUUUGUUCCUACCAUCAAACCGGCUUCUGGUUUUAUUUCUGCUCUCUGUCCUAGAGGAACGUUUCUACACUCUAAAAAAGAAGCGUUGAGUUUAUUUAACCAAGUUAUUUCAGCUUCGACCACAAAACCUGGAGUAGCCUUUCGGUCACAUGUACGUUUAGUGCAACAACGUACAGUUUUGUGUGGGACUCUGUUUAACUCAUUCGCUGCCAGCGUUUCUCACCGUUUUUACAGUUUUUUUUUAAGAGUGACAGAACGUUGCGCGCUAGGAAGAUGUCGACGCCAAAAACAAAGCGGAGACUCACCUCUUACAUCAGGAAGAAUCCGGGCGUUUCGAGCGUUAUCCGUUCUUUCAUAAUCCGUUGUUGAAUUGUGAUCGGCAGAAGCUUUUCCGGUUCACGCCUCACUUUUAUUUACAGGAACGGCCCAAAACGAUCUCCUAACACGUGGAUGUUCUGCUUCCUGAUCACGUUAUGUGCGACGUACGCGGAUGAAGAUCGGCUUUAGAGCUGAGAUGUUUGUUCUCACGGUGCGGGGGCUCGUCCGACGCCCACACAGUAAAAACACGCCAAUGUUAAGCAGCUAGGUGUAGUGGAACCAGUUGACAACCUGGUGAAGUAAAUUCAACGAUUCAGUUUUUACAGUGCAGUCCACUCUGGUGUUUUCAUGCCGGUGAACGCCUGUUGUCAGGCUGUUCUACUCCUCUGCAUCCUCUUAUGUUUCUACCCCCCCCUCCACCCACACACACACACACACACAGUUAUGUGCUGACUCCUCCCAUACGAGUGUUUAACUGUGUUGUCUGAUAUAGGUAGUAACCCCCUUCAGUGAGACGCACUUUGUUACUUUAUUGUAUGAAAUGAACACUUUAUUAGCAUUCUGAUUAUUUUUGUUUGUUUUCUUGGGGGGGGUGUACAUUGAUUGUCUUCCUGUGUUUUUAUGUUAUUUCAGGAGAUGGGUCCAGUUCCCCCAUUGAGUGGAAUGGUGUUAAUUUCUCAGAUUUCUGGGAGAAAUAAAAAAAGCCAAAUUUUUCCUGUUUUAUCCACCAACUUUGUUGAUAUUUACUAUUUUUUCUGCCCCCUCUUUACCCCGCCCCCUCUACUGUAUCUAUUGACGCCACUGUGAACCCCCCCACACCCACACAGGAGCGUGAAACACGGCUUUGUUCCUGUAUUAGAGCGGUUUUCAUCCCUUUAACGACCACGAUGAACAGAUUCACCACAGCCCUUGUUAGUGCUAUGAUGACUAUCUCUCUUGUUGUUAUGAUUCUGUGUCAUUGAAUGUUUUACUUCCUUUGGGUGGAGACCGGUGCAUCCACCUUUUGAGUGUUCCUCAGAAAGACUUUGAGCAGAAACCCUUUGGCGCGGGACUCCACUGCCACCCACCCACCUGUGCGGACUUCUUUCACCUUUUCUCUGGAGCCCCAGCCGCGUGUGGACUAUGCACACAGCCGAUCCCAUCCCUGUUGGUUUCUUUGAGCCUUUCAUUAGCUCAUCCAGUGAUUGUUUGCUCUCCUAACAAGGAUUGGGGUUUUUAAACUCUUCACUCGUGUGGUUGAUGAAUCUGUCUCUAACUGCUCUGCUGCAUCAGUAGUGUCCGCGGUUGCCCGGCCCACCAAUCAGGGCCGGGUUGUUUUGUUAUUUUUGGAUGUAGUUUAAAUUUCCCCACGAAAAUAGGAAAAACAAAAAAACCACCAAUAAAAGGUUCUCAUUCA